UAUACCUUUGACAGUUAUGAAAAGGUUGAUGACACUUUCAACACUUUGAGAAAAUUAAAUAGACGUAUAAGUUUUUUGGUACAAAAUAACAAAAUUCGCACUAUUGUAUAUUUACACGCACCAAGUAAUAACAGAAAUACCUAUGAACUAUUGUCCCACAAUGUUUCAUUUUCAUUUUACAGCAUUCUUAAAUGCCAAGCCAGGGAGAUUUGAUACAAUUUUUAUGAAAAUUCAAACAAUUUCAAACCCAAGCUACAAUCAAAUCAAUGCUGGCAACACCAUUCAAUCCGUCAAAAGUUUUAGGUUAGGCGUCGCGUCAUUGCGGUUUCCAAUUGUUUUUCUCGUAUUAUGUAGUGUUAGUAAACCAAAAUGAGUUCCCCGAGCAAGGAAACCGAGGAGCCGUCGUCGAGUUCCACGGCUGUGCCGAAUGGGGCGGGCGACGACGGCUGCAGCGGCGAGGAGAAGGUUGAGGGCCCGCGGCCGCCCGCCAAGCGGCCGUUGUCGACGGCAGUGAUCGAGAUUUCGGACACGGACAGCGAUGACUCGGACGUGUGCGCCGUCAGCUCGUACCAGGCCUCGGCCGACGAGGUGAAGCGCAUCCGUGGCGACCAAGAUUACUCAUCGUCAUCCUCAUCAUCCUCGGACUACAGCUCAGACUCCGAGUCCGCCUGGGAGGAUGACUCCGUCCUCAUAGAGAGCGAACCCCCGCCUGCGCGCCUGGUGUGUGCACAGCUCAACCCUAGAGCUAAUAGAAUGGAUGAUCCUACGCUUAACCCUACUAUUAAGUCACAAGAACUAAUAGACAAAUUCAAAACCCACUGGACGGAGCAGAAAGACUUGUCCACCCCUGAAGUAACACUAUCCUGCUCCCCGUUCCGGCUCGGGCUUCUCCACGGGUUGCUGGCCAACCCCGACAUGAUCAACAACAUCGUGGACGACAUGAACACAUUAGACUGGUCGAGGAAGAAGAUGGAUCUAUAUGAGUUCCAUCAGACGGCAGACCUGGCCAGCUUGACGUGGCAGCGGAGUAUUAGAGGCAUUCACGAGCUGCUUAAGACUGAAGUUAUGAGCUGGGUGUCAGAAGUGACGGGUCUCGAACUGACGUCGGUCUCAGCAUCGUGCUCAUUAUACGGUCCUGGAGACCAUCUUUUAGUCCACGACGACCUGCUGGGGACGCGGCGAGUCGCUUUCAUCUUAUACCUGUGUCCGUGGACUUGUCCCCCGCAGCGAGACCAGAAUGGAGAUGACCAUGUGGAUGUAGACAACGACACAGGCUGGAGUGCACACAUGGGCGGAGCCCUAGAGCUGCUAGCGCGCGACGAAGACGGGAAACCUACAGACGUGGCGCGCUCCGUCACACCUGCUAACAAUAUGUUAGCCUUCUUCCAAGUGGGCCCGGAGACUUUCCAUCAGGUCGGCGAGGUGUUGUCGCUAGAGCUGCCCCGGCUGUCCAUCAACGGCUGGUUCCACAGCGCCGGCGGCGAGGAGCCCCCCGCGCCGCCGGACCCCGCCCCCCCGGACCAACACAAGCCGCACAGCGACCCGGUGGUGAUGCAAACCAUGUUAGAAGCGACGUACAUGACGCCGCGUUCCCGCGCCGCGAUCCAGACGCAAAUGGAGCAACGCUCAGAAGUGUGCCUGCGAGAUCUCCUGCAGAUAGACUACUAUACCAGUCUACUGGAGGCGCUACGGCAGGAAGAGCUACCCUGGGAGCGCGCGGGCCCGGGCAACGAGCGGCGCUACCUGCGCCUGCCCGCGCAGUACGCGGAGUCCCUCCCCGCCGAGCACCCCGUCCGGCAGCUGCUCAAGAUGGCCGCCGGCGCCGCCUGGUUCCGCCUGCUGCACGACUGCACAGACCUCGCGCUCACCAAGUACGAGCGGCUGGAGCUGCAGAAAUGGUCGCCCGGGGACUUUACUCUCCUGCCCCCGCGCUCGCAAUACGCGUCGCCUCGCCUGGAGGCGGUGCUGUACCUCGGGCUCCCGGCGCGGCCCGUGUGCGGCGCCGCCACCACCUACCUCGCGCCCGAGGAGCACCCCGCGCCCAACGCGGAGCCCGACGCGGCCCUAGUCACCGUGCCACCCGUCUCUAACGCACUGUCGCUAGUUUACUGCGACGCGGGAGCCGCCGGCUUUACGAAAUACCUUAGUAAGAUGACCAUGGCGCCUACGGAUCAUUUUUUCAUACUCACAUGUACGUAUAGAGAGUGACGAAAGUUCUAUGAUUGUGUUUGUAAUAGGGAAAGUCACAGGUGUCUUGUUAUUGGUUGAAUCAAAUGUUCAAUUAAGUCUAGCGAUUGAGGGAUUUACUAAGUAUCUCAGUAUAACUAAGUACAAGAGCCCACGGCCUUACUUACUGUACCCGUCUCCAACGCACUGUCCUUAUACUGCGAUGUUGGAGCCGCCGGCUUUACUAGGUACCUCUGUAAAAUAACCAUAGCCUCAGUAGAGUGACGAAAGUUCUACAAUUGUGUUUGUAAUAGAGUCACAGAUGUCUUGUUAUUGGUUGAAUCAAAUGUUCAAUUAAAAGUAGCAAUUGAGGGAUUUACUAAGUAUCUUAGUAUCACUAAGUAUCAAGAGACCGUGGCCUUAGUUACUGUACCGCCCGUCUCCAACGCACUGUCCUUAGUCUACUGCGAUACUGUAGCUGCCGGCUUUACUAAGUACCUUAGUAUAGCCCUUACUGAUCACUUUUUAGUGUUAACAUACUUACAUGUACGUAUAGAGAGUGACGAAAUUUCUAUGAUUCUGUUUGUAAUAGGGAGAGUCACAGGUGUCUUGUUAUUGGUUGAAUUUGAUAUUUAAUAAGUUAAAAGUAGCAAUUGAGGGAUUUACUAAGUAUCUCACUAUUUUAAUUGUAACUUUUUUUUAAAGAAAUUUAAAAGUCUGGUAACUUUUAAAAGCAACGAUGGUAUAUCACGCCACGAUUUUCAGUCAGUUACGUAAAAUACGUAGAUGGUUUGAAAAAGUAUGAUUUCAUUCACAUAGUCGGUUAUUUUAACCAUAUGGUAACAGGUUAAGUUCACAUUGAUCGUCACUCGAAACAUUCACAUAGUUUCGCUCAUACACGGUCACAUCACAACAUGUUCAAGUAGGGUAUAGUCGCCAUCAAAUAUAUCGGAGCGUUCAAUAAUAUCAGUCUGCGUAGCCGAAUGCACAAACGCUUUUUUUAAUGUUGUUUAUGAUUUAAAUUAAAAUGAAGGAAACAUUGAUGGAAUUUUGUCUCUUUGAUUCUGACACUUCUGACAAUAUUUUUGUACAUCGACAUUAGUAAAAGUGAACUACGUAGGUACAUUAGCUUAAGACAUAGUCGCAAAAUAUUUCACUAUGGUGUAACGUACAAAAGUUACCAAUUCAUUUGCAUCAACUAUCCGCGAUUCGUCGUCUCACUUGCACGGUAAUAGUUAGGAAAGGAUAGACGGCGCGGUUAGUUUUGCUAGUCUUUCACAGAGAUAGGUGUGCGUAUUUUUGUAAUAAAAUGUGUGUUUAGUAAAACGUCUCACUUUGUCGGUUACCAUUAAGGUGGGAUUUGCUUGUAUCUUUAUAUGAAUACACUGACAAAGCGGUUUUGUAGCAAUCGACAAAGUGGGACGUUUUCCCGUACACACUCACAUUAAUGUAGACAAAUAAGGGUUGAAACUAACAGGUACAAUAGAAAGCGACUGCGUUUGUAGUUAAAUGGAAUAACUAUUUAAUUGUAAGGAAUAUUGUGAAAAAUAUGGUUUUCAUCUCUUUAGCGAAACUUUGGAAAUGAUAACUUGAUAUGUAGCAAUAAAAAAUAAUUAAGUAUUUAUAGAUCGUUUCCCGAAAGCUGGCACGGAUGGAACGAACAAAACUUUGAUUGUAUGUGACACCUGUAACUGUCAAGAGCCACCAUUUCUUUUUUGUUGUGCGUAAGAAUAUUGCAAACUCGAGUGUUUAAUUAGCUCUGGUAUCCAUUCGUACCAGCUAUUCUGAAUUGACCUGUAAUUAUUCUUUUGAUAGAAGAGAUGAAAUGGUAUAUUUCUAUGUCUACGGACCUAAGGCACUGGCCCCACCAGAAACGAGUAAGCGAUGAGGAACAAAAGAUAGUCGGUCCCGUGUAAAUAUAACCACAAAAUUAAAAUUAAGAAAAAACCCCGACCGCGACAUAGUGGACCGAUUUUCAUGAAACAUGGUUAAG